AUGAACGGAAGUGGCGAGGGCCGUAGUGAGAAGGCCCUCCUACGGCGAAGCGAGGCCAGGCCAGGAGGCUGGGCUCGGAGCGUCUCGAGUUCCCCGCCAGGGGGGGGCGGAGCCGUGUUGGCUCCCGCCCCGGAAGCGGAAGUGCAGGAGUCGCCGGGUACCGUCCAGUGUGAGCCUGGCCCGUGCGCCUGCCGUUCCGCCCGCGGGUCACUUCGUGCCCUCUCUUCUGCUAGUGUCCCGCUCGCCGACCCCACCAUGCUGUCUCUAGACUUUCUGGAUGAUGUGCGGCGGAUGAACAAGCGGCAGCUUUAUUAUCAAGUCCUAAAUUUCGGAAUGAUUGUCUCCUCAGCACUAAUGAUCUGGAAGGGGUUGAUGGUAAUAACUGGAAGUGAAAGUCCAAUUGUAGUGGUGCUCAGUGGCAGCAUGGAACCCGCAUUUCAUAGAGGAGAUCUUCUCUUUCUAACAAAUCGAGUCGAAGAUCCUAUACGAGUGGGAGAAAUUGUUGUUUUUAGGAUAGAAGGAAGAGAGAUUCCUAUAGUGCACCGAGUCCUGAAGAUUCAUGAAAAGCAAAAUGGGCAUAUCAAGUUUUUAACCAAAGGUGAUAAUAACGCAGUGGAUGACCGAGGCCUGUAUAAACAAGGACAACACUGGCUAGAGAAAAAAGAUGUCGUGGGCAGAGCCAGAGGAUUCGUUCCUUAUAUUGGAAUUGUGACGAUCCUCAUGAAUGACUAUCCUAAAUUUAAGUACGCGGUACUCUUUUUGCUGGGUUUAUUUGUGCUGGUCCAUCGUGAGUAAGAAGUCUGCCUUGCUGUUCCUGGGAAGAUGCUGUACUUUUUGUUACUGAAUGUUUGGAGUAGAUACUGGUCUGUGAUUGGUGGAAUGGAGAACACACGUGUUGGCACUUCUUGGUAGCACCGGUUUGCAUUAGUUUAUGUUUCCACGCCAGAGUAUGUGUGGGCGGGUGCAUGUGCACCAUAGUGCACUCGAGGGGACUUUCAAUCACAGAAUUUCAUAUGUUGUCAUUGUCACACUUUCGCAUUUUUGUACAUCAGUGAACUUUUUAUAUUAAAAGGUUGAGCCAAAGCCCCCAGUGUUUGUAUUUUGAAGCUAAGCUUCACUUUCUCAAGUGCCUACAGAGUUCUGUAAAUGAAAAUGCAGCUCUGCACGAGUUUGAAACCGUCAUUCCUCAUGAUGGGAAUGGCAUAGACCAAGAUGGUCUAAGUCUUAUCUUUUCAAAAUUUUAAUAAAAGACUUUGCACAUUGAA